UGAACCUGGCACGAAGCAAGUAGUAGGCUGCUGAGGGCAACAACAGAACUUGCUUCUGCCAGCCGGCGUCGAAUACCCAUCGCAUAUGCAUCCUCCUUAGCCCAGAUCUGCUUCGAUUUUCGAACGAUUUUCCCCGUAGCCCGUUGCAGCUUGGGAAUAUAAGAAGAUGAGGGCAAUUUGGUCUUUUGACUAUUUUUGUUUGAUCUGGCACUUACUUUUCUUGAGAAUUUACUCUCAAUUCCAAUCCCAAUCUCGUUCCCCUUCCCUAAUUCAGUCUCGCGCCCAAGGACCUGGCUCAAAUUGAACUUUUGAUUGCUGACAAAGAAACAAGACCCCCCUUUCGAUUAUUCAUCAUUGACUACUGACUGGAACUGUGUCUUCUGAGUUCAAUCACAGACAAGUUUAGUUUUUGCUGUCUUCGGGAAACGAGAGAGAGAAUACAUAGUAUAUUUAGCAGAACUCUUCGGUAAUGAGACACAGACAGAAUGUCGCUCGUCCAUCGGCAGCUGUACAUCUCUCCGCGACUUCAAAUUUGUCCAAACCGGAAGAUUCGAGAUUCCUCGGCAGCUUUCUGUUUUCAUCAGAGAAGAGAAUCUUCGGUUUGUGCUUGGUAUUCCGGAUGAUAAAUGCUCUGUUAGUGCAGUCAUAUUUCAAUCCGGAUGAACACUGGCAGGGGCCUGAAGUAGCGCACCGCAUUGCAUUUGGGUAUGGUCAUUUGACAUGGGAGUGGAAGGAAGGAAUCCGUAGCUACUUGCAUCCGAUGGUUUUUGCUGCUCUCUACAGAAUUCUGGCCUUACUCCGUCUUGAUACGCCGUGGUUCAUGAUGAAGGCUCCGCGGCUGCUACAAUCCAUAUUCUCUGCAGUGUGUGAUUUGUACCUGUACAAACUUUCCAAUGUUGUCUUUGGUCAUGGUGUUGCAAAAUGGGCUCUCUUUUCCCAGUUGACAAACUGGUUUAUGUUUUACUGUUUAUCCCGGACAUUGUCAAAUAGCCUGGAGACUGUUCUUACUGUAGUCUCUCUAUACUUUUGGCCUUGCAUGAGACCCUUUGGCAAAUGUUCCUUCAAAUCAAGGAAGUGGGGUUUACUUAUGGCGGCUUUAGCUUGUGCUGUUCGGCCAACAAGUGCAAUCACAUGGGCAUAUGUUGGCCUGCUUGAGCUUUUAACAGCACGUGACAGAUUGAGAUUCCUCUUUCUAGAGAUGGCUCCUAUUGGUGUCCUGCUAGUUGGAUUAACAUGCUUACUAGAUGGUUUCAUGUAUGGCAAGUGGAUUUUAGUGCCUCUUAAUUUUCUAAAAUUCAAUUUUCUUUCCUCGGGUGGAGACUACUAUGGAACCCACAAGUGGCACUGGUACUUCAGUCAAGGAUUUACAGUCAUGAUCUUCACUCACUUGCCGUUGUCAUUAGCUGGCAUAAUUUAUUCUAAAGAAUGGAAGUUUGCUGGCCUUGUUGCUUGGGUUUUGUCAUUUUACAGUGUGUUAGGUCACAAGGAAUUCAGGUUUGUCUUGCCAGUUCUUCCUAUAGCUCUUAUGUUCUCUGGUUAUUCUUUAGCCCUUAUGGAUGAUCCUGGUUCUGGUAAAAGUAAAGUAAAAGGAUCCUUGAAGAAGUAUGAUAGGUUCCCUGUAAAGAAGGGAGUUGCCAUCUUAUUCUUGCUUGCAACCAAUAUUCCAAUGGCCUUGUACAUGAGUUUGGUUCAUCAGAGAGGACCUGAGGAUGUUAUGAAGCACCUCGCCAGAGAAGCUCAUGAUGGGAAAGUUAAGAGCAUACUGUUCCUAACGCAAUGUCAUGCUACACCCUACUAUUCUGUGCUGCAUUCUAACCUGCCUAUGCAAUUUCUGGACUGUUCACCAAGUGAAGAGGAAGGAGUUCUGGAUGAAUCGGACCGUUUCUUGAUGGACCCUCUUGCUUUUGUGUCCGAAUAUGCAAAAAAUUGGUCUCCGCCUAGUCACAUUGUUUUAUAUGAUUCAGAAGAACAAAAACUGAGAAAUUAUUUACUAUCACUUGGCUACAGAGAGGAAAGCAGAUUUUUUAAUGCUCACUUCAAGGUGGAUCGUGAUCUUCAAGCCUCUAUUGUUGUAUAUGUUUUAAGAAAAUAGCAAGAUUCAUUCAAGCUACUCUCGAUUCCAGUCUCAUUAUGGUUCAAAGUGUCAAUUCAAGUGCCCCUUCUAAACUUUAAUUUGGGUAACUCUCAUUCACCCUCUCUCUCUCUCUCUGUUCAUGUGCGCCUCUUUAUAGUAAUGCUUCCUGGGAAAAAUACAGUGAAGGUAACACAAUUUUGGUAAUUAAGGACCAUUCUUGUAACUGUUGUGAUAUUUUUAUGUUGAGUGGGAGCACGAGCUUGCUAAGGUUCUCGGCACACGGCGGCAUCUGAGACUGUGAGUGCCGCUAAUUAGAUUAGAUGUAAAGAUUUUUUUUUUUUUUGGUUGUUCUAAAACAUUCUUUGGUAAUAAUGUUACACCUCGGUGCUCUUGCUUUAUACAGCUGCAUCAAGUUUAUUGGAACCAGUCCUUUUAGGACUCCAAAAUUAUACAUUAGAGAUUGCAUUUGCAGUGAA